AUGCACUAUCUGCUUUUCUUCGUUUUGUUUUUUUUUGUAAACCUGCUGCUGCCUGUCAUUUAUUGUGAGAAGGGGGAGAUUUUACCAUUCGGUGAGAUCCUCUCCGGUGUUGCAGACAUAGCCAAUGUGGUUACGUCCAAAAAGGAAGACGCCUCGGUUGAUCCCGUCGUCGCAACUGCCAGCAGGAUCAACCUGAAAAUAGUUCCAUCCAGAAAGUUGAACGUCACAAAGAAUGAUUUGAUGUUCCUCAUGUCGGAGAUACGACAGGAAAUUAGGAGACAGAUUAGCAUCCUGGAAGACGAACUUGAGGAAAAGGAAAGAAUGAGGAGAAGAUCCUCGUCCCUAUGGACAAUUAGCCAUUCGGCUGUUUACUCCCCUGAAGAGAGUGUGGAUGAUACUCAGAAGAUGGACAGCCUGGAGGAGGAGGAACGAGAAGAAAUCGAAAACAUGCUGGACUCCCUAAACACGCUGGACAAGGAAGAUCACACAACGCCGCAGCAGAGAACAUCCUACAAUGUACAAAUUGGCGAUGAGAAAGAUGAGGAGGAUGCUCAAAAUGAUACAGCCAAGGGCCCAAUAACAAGACGAUGA